AUGCAAACAAAUAUGUUAAGGUUUAUCACACCUAAAGUGACAUCGGCCUCCAGAGGCCUUGUGUUGAACUCCACUAAAAGGGGUUCUAUCCAAAAGAUUAAUCCAAAUUUUACGAAGUAUAUGCAAAAUUCAGGACGUAAAUUUUAUUCUACAGGUUCAAAAAAGGCAACAAACAAUGAUCCUGAUUUAGCUAAGAACGAAAGAACCUUUGCUCCUAAAUGGUUUCAAUAUUUUUUAAUAUCUACCAUAGCUGGUGGUGUCGGUUAUUUGGUUUCAGAUGUAGCUAACUUAAAAUCUGAUCCAGUUAGUUAUAUGUUUAGAGAUGAAAAAUUCAUUAUUCAAGGUUCAACUUUACCUUUAAAUGAACUUGAUUCUCCUGAUUAUAAUACAAAUGACGAUCAAAUUGCAGAAUUAUGUACUAAAUUGAAAACAUUAUUGAAAAAUAAUGCUGAUAAUUAUUCAGAUUAUCCAAAUGAUUUAGCCGCGCAUUCUGAUACUGAAUUUAAUACUCAUCAUGCCACUAAGAAUCAAAGACCAAAAUUGAUUGUAUUCCCACGUAACACCGAAGAAGUCUCUCAAAUUGUUAAACUAUGUAAUCAUUAUAAUGUACCAAUUGUCCCAUUCUCAGGUGGUACCUCUUUAGAGGGUCAUUUUUUACCUACUAGAUUUCCAACUAUUUCCAUUGAUAUGUCAAAGUAUAUGAACGAGGUUGUCGCUUUCCAUGAACUGGACCAAGAUAUUACUGUACAAGCAGGUUUACCUUGGGAAGAUUUAAACGAAUACUUAAACGAUAAAGGUUACAAAUUUGGUUGUGAUCCAGGUCCAGGUGCUCAAUUAGGUGGUUGUGUUGCAAACUCAUGUUCUGGUACUAACGCUUACAGAUAUGGUACUAUGAAAGAAAAUGUCGUUAAUUUAACUAUCGUAUUACCAGAUGGUAAAAUUAUUAAGACAAGAAAGAGACCUAGAAAGUCCAGCGCUGGUUAUAACUUGAAUGGUAUCUUCACCGGUAGUGAAGGUACUUUAGGUAUUGUGACUGAAGUUACUGUUAAGGCUCAUGUUUUACCAAAAAUCGAAACGGUUGUUGUUGCAUCUUUCCCUAAUAUAAAGGAAGCUGCAGCUUGUUCUAGUGAAGUUAUUCAAAGUGGUAUUCAAUUGAAUGCUAUGGAAUUGUUAGAUGAUAACAUGAUGAAGUUGGUUAAUGAAAAUGGUAUGACUCCAAGAUCUGAUUGGAUGGAGUCUCCAACAUUAUUCUUCAAAGUUGGUGGUAAUUCUACUGUUAUUGCAGAUGAAUUAUUAAGUCAAUUGAAGACUAUCGCUAAGAAGCAUGGUACCAAGAAAUUCGAAUAUGCUAAAUCCGAUGAAGAUAAAUUGGAAUUAUGGGAAGCUAGAAAAGUUGCUUUAUGGUCUGUUCUAGAUGCAGGUCAAAAGGGUGAUCCAGCUGCCAAGGUUUGGACUACUGAUGUUGCUGUUCCAUUAUCUAAUUUCUCAGAUGUUAUCGAUGAAACGAAAAAGGAUAUGGCUAAGACCGAUAUAAUUAACGCUAUCGUUGGUCAUGCAGGUGAUGGUAACUUCCAUGCAUUCUUAAUUUACCGUAAUGGGGAUGAAUACAAACAAUGUGCUACUUUAGUCGAAAAGAUGGUUAAACGUGCAUUAGAUGCGGAGGGUACUUGUACCGGUGAGCAUGGUGUUGGUAUCGGUAAGAGAGAUUUCUUAGAAGAAGAAUUAGGCCAAACUACUAUUGAUUUGAUGAGAAAGAUUAAAGUGGCCAUUGAUCCAAAGAGAAUUAUGAAUCCGGAUAAGAUUUUUAAGAUCGAUCCUUUGGAACAUAAGCAUAUCGAACAUGAAGAUCAUAGCGAGUAA